GUUUAAAAUAACGACUGAUGGGCCACAGACUGGUUUUUUAUUGUAGGUUUGGACAUCACUAAAGAUCGCAUACUGGAGAUUGCUUGCAUUAUAACAGAUGGUAAACUUACCAAACGAAUAGAGGGUCCAGACUUGGUUAUAAGACAGAGUAAGGAAUGUUUAGAUGGCAUGAAUGAAUGGUGUCAAGUCCAUCAUGUGGCAAGUGGACUGGCAGAACAAGUACUAAAGAGUGAGAUUUCUGAGCAUGAUGCAGAGAAACGAGUGUUAGACUUUAUUAAGAGGUAUAUAGGUUCUGCUACUCCAUUGAUAGCUGGGAAUUCCGUCUAUAUGGAUUUACUAUUUUUGAAGAAGUAUAUGCCACAACUUGCAGGCAUAUUCUCUCAUGUGAUAGUUGAUGUGAGCAGUAUAACAGCAUUGUGCAGCCGCUGGUUCCCGAAAGAAAAGAAAGCUGCUCCAAGAAAGGAGAAAAACCAUAGAGCAUUGGAUGAUAUCAGAGAAAGCAUCAAGGAGCUACAAUACUACAGGGAGAACAUUUUCAAGUCACGGAGAUCUUAGUAGCUUAUUGUGGUGGAUUGUGAACACAUCCUCAACUAAUCAUGUAACUUGGUGAUUUGCUGAAAGUUUGUGUGUGGGGAGCUGGCAUAAAAUUGUCGAUAAUUCCAUGCUAGGGCCAAUUAAAAAUUUGGGGAAAUGUAUGAUUAUUGACCUUUGGUACGCCGUACGCAUAUUAAAAGAGUAUCUCGUGUAACUGCAGAAUGUAUGUUGUCAUA